GGUAUUGUCCUUCCUGCUAGAGCCUCUGUUCUCUGCCCUUUUCUCGCCUAUGGUAAAGAAGUCACUAAUCUGGUUGCUCUCCCUAAUAAAUUCCUCUUGUCACCAGGGGCAGUCCCUGACAGGAAAAGCCCCAGGACUCGGGGAGGGAGAGAGAGCUAGCUAGAGGCUGCUGGGGAAGAGGGUGCUGCCACCCGCCGCCUCUGGAGCUCACUGCAGUGGGGACAGCCAGCCCAGCACAGGGCACCGUCAGCCACCGGGCGAGCCCUGCCUGGUCCUGCGGUGGCAGCCAGCAGGAUCAGGGGAGGCAUCAUGUUGCCAGGCUGCCCACACCUCUGGGUCCUGCUGGUCCUGGGCACCAGCUGGGCAGGCUGGGGGAGCCAAGGGACUGAAGCAGCACGGAUAAGGCAGUUCUACGUGGCUGCGCAGGCCAUCAGCUGGAGCUACCGCCCCGAGCUCACAAACCUAAGUUUGAAUACUUCUGGAACCUCCUUUAAGAAAAUUGUCUACAGAGAGUAUGAAGCAUAUUUUAAGAAAGAAAAACCACAAUCUAGCAUUUCAGGACUUCUUGGGCCUACUUUAUAUGCUGAAGUUGGAGACAUCAUGAAAGUUCACUUUAAGAACAAGGCAGACAAACCCUUAAGCAUCCAUCCUCAAGGAAUUAAGUACAGCAAAUUCUCAGAAGGUGCUUCCUACACUGACUACACAUCCCCUGUGGAGAAAAUGGAUGAUGCUGUGGCUCCAGGCCAAGAAUACACCUAUGAGUGGACUAUCAGUGAGGACAGUGGGCCCACACACGAUGACCCUCCAUGCCUCACACACAUCUAUUAUUCUUACAAUGAUCUGAUACAGGACUUUAACUCCGGGCUUAUUGGACCUCUGCUUAUCUGUAAGAAAGGUACCCUCGCUGAAGAUGGGACUCAGAAGAUGUUUGACAGACAACACGUGCUGCUGUUUGCUGUGUUUGAUGAAAGCAAGAGCUGGAGCCAGUCAUCCUCCCUAAUGUACACAGUCAAUGGCUAUGUGAACGGGACAAUGCCAGAUAUAACGGUUUGUGCCCAUGACCACAUCAGCUGGCAUCUGAUUGGGAUGAGCUCUGGCCCAGAAUUGUUUUCCAUUCAUUUCAAUGGCCAGGUCCUGGAGCAGAACCAUCACAAGCUUUCAGCUAUCACCCUUGUUAGUGCGACAGCCACCACUGCAAAUAUGACUGUGAGCUCAGAAGGAAGGUGGAUCAUAUCUUCUUUCAUCCCUAAACAUUUCCAAGCUGGAAUGCAAGCUUACCUUGACAUUAAAAACUGCCGAAAAAAAACCAGGAGUCCCAAGAAACUAACUCGUGACCAGAGACGGCACAUUAAGAGGUGGGAAUACUUCAUCGCUGCAGAGGAAGUCAUCUGGGACUAUGCACCUAUAAUACCAACAAGUAUGGACAAAAAAUACAGGUCUUUGCACUUGGAUAAUUUCUCAAACCAAAUUGGAAAACAUUAUAAGAAAGUUGUUUACAAGCAGUACCAAGAUGAGAACUUCACCAAACGCAUGGACAAUCCCAAUAUCAAAGAAGAUGGGAUUUUGGGUCCUAUUAUUAGAGCCCAGGUCAGAGACACACUCAAAAUCGUGUUCAAAAACUCGGCCAGCCGCCCCUAUAGCAUUUACCCUCAUGGAGUGACCCUGUCCCCUUACGAAGUUGAAGUCAACUCUUCUUCCUCCACCUCAGGCAAUAAUACUGUGAUCAGAGCAGUUCAACCAGGGGAAACCUAUAUUUAUAAAUGGAACAUUCUAGAGUUUGAUGAGCCCACAGAAAAUGAUGCUCAGUGUUUAACAAGACCAUACUACAGUGACGUGGACAUCACAAGGGACAUUGCCUCUGGACUUAUAGGGAUACUUCUAAUUUGUAAGAGCAGAUCCCUGGACAAGCGAGGCGUACAGAGAGCUGCUGACAUUGAGCAGCAGGCUGUGUUUGCUGUGUUUGAUGAGAACAAGAGCUGGUACCUUGAAGACAACAUCAACAAGUUUUGUGAAAAUCCAGAUGAGGUGAAACGUGAUGACCCCAAGUUUUAUGCUUCAAACAUCAUGAGCACUAUCAAUGGUUAUGUGCCUGAGAGCAUACCCAUUCUAGGGUUCUGCUUUGAUGACACUGUCCAAUGGCACUUCUGCAGUGUGGGGAAUCAGGAUGACAUUUUGACCAUUCACUUUACUGGGCACUCCUUCGUCUAUGGGAAGAAACAUGAGGAUACCCUGACCCUCUUCCCCAUGCGUGGAGAAUCUGUGACCAUCACAAUGGACAAUGUUGGAACUUGGAUGUUAACUACCAUAAAUUCUGGUCCAAGAAGCAAAAACCUAAGGCUGAGAUUCAGAGAUGUUAAAUGUAUCCGGGAUUAUGAUGACGACUCAUAUGAGAUUUACCAACCUCCAACGUCUAGUCCCAUAGAUACACGGAAAAUGCGUUAUUCUCCAGGAAACAGAGAUGAGGACUAUGAUGCAGAGUUUGAUUACCAGAAUUCACUGGCUUCCUCGUUAGGAAUUAGGUCAUUCAGAAAUUCAUCACUGAACCAGGAGGAAGAUGAGUUCAAUCUUACUGCCCUAGCCCUGGAGGGUAGCUCUGAAUUCAUUUCUGCAAGCACGGAUGCAGCUGUUGGUUCAAAUUCUUCUUCUCCAAGGAACAUCAGUAGGCUCAUGGUGGAUAACCUAACAGGACCUCAGAAAACCUUUCCUCACUCAGGAAGCGCUGGAGCUGGGUCCCCCCUGAGACACCAUGGUGGCUUAGACAACGACUCAGUUCUCAACUCUCCCACCGAAGAGAGCAGCCCUUAUUCAGAAGACCCUAUAGAAGAUCCUUCACAGUCGGAUUUCACAGGAGUACACUUACUUCCACUUGAUGCAGAACAAUCCAGAAGUCAAGAACAUGCUGAACACAAGGGAUCCAAGGUGCAAAGAGACAGAGCAGCAAAGCACAGGUUCUCCUGGAUGGAGUUACCAACACAUACACUUGAAAGACAUUUAAACCAAAAUAAUGCUUCUCCUUCCAGAAUGGAGCCCUGGGAGAACAUUCCUAGUGAUCUGUUACUCUUAAAACAAAAGGACCCAUCUAAGAUUUUGAAUGGGAAGUGGCAUGUGGCUUCUGAGGAAGGCAGUUAUGAAAUAAUCCAAGAUGCUGAGGAAGACGUGGCUCCUAAAAAAGUGCUAAGUGGCUCCCAUGGUGCCUCGAGGGCUUGGGAAGAACACACCCCCUUUACAAACAAACCUAGAAAGCACAGGGGCCACACGUUUCCUGGAUUCAAACAUACAUCUCUACGAGCAGAGCAGGGUGGAGGAAAUAGGAGACUGAAGAAAAGCCCAUUUUUCAUCAAGACACGAAAAAAGAAAAAGGAAGAGAAACUUGUACACUAUGGUCCUCUGUCUCCCAGGGGCUUUCGCCCUCGGACAGGAGAGGCAGACACGAGACUUGAACACUCAUUGUUUCCCCAUAAGUACAAAGAGACAUCUCUCCCCAUAGACCUCAAUCAGACAUCCUCUUCUGUGAAUGUUGACAUGAUUGCUUCACUUCCUGACCAUAAUCAGAACCCCCCAAAUGACCCUGGCCAGACAAGUUCUCCUCCAGAUCUUUAUCAGAUGGUGUCCCCAGAGGAACACCAUCAAACAUUCCCUACUCAAGACCCUGAUCAAAUGUACUUGACUACAGUCCCUCACUAUGGCCUAAGUUUUGAGUCCUUCCCUACUGAAAGUAAUCAAAUGUCCCCUUCCUUGGAACAUGAAAUAGGGCAGACAACUAUCUCUCCAGAUCUUAGCCAAUCAGCCUCCUCCCUAGACCUAGGCCAGGUGCCCCUAUCUCCUGACCUUGACCAAGCGACCUCCUCCCCAGACCUCAGCCUGAUGCCCCUUUCCCCUGACCUUGAUCAAGGGACAUCCUCCCCAGACCUUGGACAGAUGCCCCUUUCUCCUGACCUUGACCAAGGGACUUCCUCCCCAGACCUCGGACAGAUGCCCCUUUCCCCCGACCUUGACCAAGGGACUUCCUCCCCAGACCUCGGACAGAUGCCCCUUUCCCCUGACCUUGAUCAAGGGACCUCCUCCCCAGACCUCGGACAGAUGCCCCUUUCUCCUGACCUUGACCAAGGGACUUCCUCCCCAGACCUCGGACAGAUGCCCCUUUCCCCCGACCUUGACCAAGGGACUUCCUCCCCAGACCUCGGACAGAUGCCCCUUUCUCCUGACCUUGACCAAGGGACCUCCUCCCCAGACCUCGGACAGAUGCCCCUUUUCCCUGACCUUGACCAAGGGACCUCCUCCCCAGAUCUCGGCCAAAUGCCCCUCUCCCCAAACCUCAGCCAGGUGACUCUCUCUCCAAACAUCAGUCCAACAAUCCUUUCUACACCAUCAUCUCUUCCAGAUAUUGAUCAGACAUCCUACCCUUCUGAGUCUGGUCAGCCACUGCCUUUUUCAGAAUCUGGUCAGACUUUUGAUUAUCCAGACCUUGGUCACAUGCCAUCUCCUUCAUCUGCUCCUAUACUUAAUGACACUUUUAAUGAAGUUAAUCCACUGGUUGUAGUGGGUGUCAGUGGAGAUGAUGGAGAUUACAUUGAGAUUAUUCCAAGGCAGGAGGUCCAGAGCGAAGAAGAUGAGUCCUCUGAAAUUGAUUAUGUGUCUUAUGAUGACCCUUACAAAACUGAUCUUAGGACAGACAUCAACUCCUCCAGAAAUCCUGACAACAUUGCAGCAUGGUAUCUCCUCCGCAGCAACAAUGGAAACAGGAGAAAUUAUUACAUUGCUGCUGAAGAAAUAUCUUGGGAUUACUCAAAAUUUGCACAAAGAUAUGGUGAUGACAUGGAUAAUGAAGAUGCUGAUGAUAUUCCACAGGCCACUGUGUACAAAAAAGUAGUUUUUCGAAAGUACCUAGAUAGCACUUUUACCAAACGCGAUCCUCAAGGGGAGAAUGAAGAACAUCUUGGCAUUCUUGGCCCUGUCAUCAGAGCUGAAGUGGAUGAUGUUAUCCAAGUUCGUUUUAAAAAUUUAGCAUCCAGACCAUAUUCUCUUCAUGCCCAUGGUCUUUCCUAUGAAAAAUCCUCGGAGGGAAAAACCUAUGAAGAUGAAUCUCCUGAGUGGUUUCAGGAAGAUAAUGUUAUUCAGCCAAACUGCAGUUAUACGUACGUAUGGCACGCUACGGCGCGAUCAGGGCCAGAGAGCCCUGGCUCGGCUUGUCGGGCCUGGACCUACUACUCAGCUGUGAACUCGGAAAAAGACAUCCACUCAGGCUUGAUAGGGCCCCUUCUGGUCUGCCGAAAAGGAACACUUCAUAAGGCGAGCAACAUGCCCGUGGACAGGAGGGAAUUUAUCUUACUCUUUAUGGUCUUUAAUGAAAAGAAGAGCUGGUACUAUGAGAAGAAGUCCAAAACGUCUUGGAGACCCAGCUCAGAAGUCAAAAACCCCUAUGAGUUUCAUGCCAUUAAUGGGAUGAUCUACAGCUUGCCUGGCCUGAGAAUGCAUGAGCAAGAGUGGGUGAGGUUACACUUGCUAAACAUGGGUGGCUCCAAAGACAUCCACGUGGUUCACUUUCAUGGGCAGACCUUGCUGGAAAACGGCACUCAACAGCACCAGUUAGGAGUCUGGCCCCUUCUGCCAGGUUCAUUUAACACUGUUGAAAUGAAAGCAUCAAAACCUGGCUGGUGGCUCCUAGACACAGAGGUUGGAGAAAACCAGAGAUUGGGGAUGCAAACGCCAUUUCUCAUCAUAGACAAAGAAUGUAAACAGCCGUUGGGACUAAGCACUGGUGCCAUAGCUGAUUCACAGAUCAAAGCCUCUGAGUAUAUGGGUUAUUGGGAGCCCAGAUUAGCAAGAUUAAACAAUGGUGGAUCAUAUAAUGCUUGGAGUGUAGAAAAAACUACAGUAGAAUCUGCCUGGAAAACUUGGAUACAAGUGGACAUGCAAAGGGAAGUUGUAAUUACAGGAAUCCAGACUCAAGGUGCCAAACACUACCUGAAGUCCUGCUAUAUUACUGAGUUCUGUGUGGCUUACAGUUCUGACCAGACCAACUGGAAGAUCUUCAAAGGCAACAGCACACGGAAUGUGAUGUAUUUCAAUGGCAACUCAGACGCAUCCACAACAAAAGAGAAUCUGUUUGACCCGCCUAUUGUGGCAAGAUACGUCAGGAUCUCUCCAACUAGGUCCUACAACAGACCUGCCCUUCGAAUGGAGCUGCUAGGUUGUGAGGUUAAUGGAUGCUCCGCACCCCUGGGAAUGGAAAGUGGAAAGAUAGAAAACAAGCAAAUCACAGCUUCCUCGUUUAAAAAAUCUUGGUGGGGAGAUUACUGGGAACCCUCUCUUGCGCGUCUCAAUGCCCAGGGCCGUGUGAACGCCUGGCAAGCCAAGGCAAACAACAACAUACAGUGGUUGCAAAUCGAUCUGCUCAAAAUCAAGAAGAUAACGGCGAUAGCCACACAGGGCUGCAAGUCUCUGUCCUCUGAGAUGUUUGUCCGGAGCUACACCAUUCACUACAGUGACAAGGGAGUAGACUGGAAAGCUUACAGGCAGAAAUCCUCCACAGCGGACAAGAUUUUUGAAGGAAACAGCAAUACCAAAGGACAAGUGAAGAAUUUUUUCAACCCACCAAUCAUUUCCAGGUUUAUCCGUAUCAUUCCUAAAACAUGGAAUCAAAGUAUCGCACUUCGCCUGGAACUCUUUGGCUGUGAUGUUUACUAGAAUUGAAUAUUCAAAAGGAAGAGUCUCUUUAAGAUCUCAAACCAUUUAGAGUGGGCAAUGUAUUUUACAGCUAUUUUAAAUGUUAACAAAUUUUCCACUAUUUCUCUUUUUUCUACUAGAGAAUAAAAUUUUAUAUAGAAAUGUUGUAACUCCUUGCCACCGUUAAGCGAGAUGGCAGCUAUUAUAUCUGCAUUAAUUUGAAUAUAGAUGGGAAAAUAAAGAGCCAAAAAGAAAAUGGCUUUUCUUUCACAAUGUUUAAAAAUGCUAUAUAGAAUAAUAUUCAUGGAGUUACCAUGCUUUAUUAUAGCUCAAAUCUUAUAUAUGUUAAUAAAAAUAGUUAUUUCUUUUUAAAAACCA